AAAUACGUUUAUCCGUCGGCAAGGCCAGCGGAUCCGUUUCCGAUCGCAGCGUCCGGUUUGUAAUCGGGCUGGAUUCAUUCACCCGACAACCUCCACCGAGUCCACUUCUUCGCUCCAGGCUCAGGCAGACGGCCGUUUUCCCAGCUUUCCUGCACUGCAGUCGAUUCCUCUUCUCAUUAUUUGUCCAGCGCUCGCUCUCUUGCCCUGCACACCAUCCUGGGCCCUGCGUCUGUCUUGCCACACCGGUCUGCCCAUCCCCUUGUCUCCUCUCUCCACGUCAGAAGCAUGUGUCGCCAGAAUGGCCUAGACUGCGUAUUGUCCUCGAGAUACUAAAAUGGAUUUUAUCCUCUCGUUGACGCAUUUCUGUGAGGUGCAUGGUCCCACCUCCAUCAUCUGUUCCCAAGUCCUGCCCUUUGCCUGCGCGCAAUGCUAUCCUGAGAACGCCGACGUCGGUACGCCGGACGAGACCCCCGCGACUUCUUCCCAGGACGAGUGCGUCUUCCCACAGGACUCCCCUCGAUCCGGACAGCAGGGAGGAGAGACUAAGUCGAUCGGAACCCCUACCAAGAUCGAGGAAUAUCCUUUCUUCCUUAAACAGCAGCAGCAGCAACAACAACAACAACAACAACAACAACAACAACAAUACCAGUCUCCCGCAGAAACCGAGCGGCAAAAUCGCUUUGGUGGCACUGAUGGUGAUACUUGCGCCAGUUGUAGUCUGACUUUGCCUGAAGAUGUGAGCAGACAACUCCCGCCGGGUGCCCCAGGCACAACCAAACGUGACGGCAAGGGCAAGAACGGGAGUCCUGUUCUGCGGUCGCGUGGUGUCGUCUACUCGUGCGGUAAUCACUACAGCCACUCCUCCCCCGACGUGGAGAAUACUACCGACGGACAUGACGGACACUCGCACGCGUCCUUCCCAGACUCCAUCCAGUCGCAGUCGUCAGCGGUCGCCUCCUCCGACAAUCCCUGCCAUACCCACAUCCUGACCUAUCUUUCCCUGCGGGGACCCCCCAACCCGGCCGACUAUGCACUACUCCGCCGCUCCUCGAUCCGGACCCUCAGCUGCGAGCUGCUACCUCGCGGUCUGUCGUCCGGCCCGCUGUGCUUCGGGGACUCCGUGGCUGGUUACACCAUCGCGUACAUCUUCCGCCUCCCGGACCCGAUGGCUCGCGGUAAGCGACGCAGCUACGCGCUCGUUGCAUUGGCGGGCAAGGACGCCGGUCGCGCGUUCCGCGCCUGUCCGAUCAUCUGGCGCGCGUUCGGUCGCAUCGCUACGGGGAUCGUCAACGCCGCCCAGAACUUCCAGGAGGAAGAGAAGCAGCGCGAGGAGCGCGCGCAGGAGCAAAAGCGCGCCACCGCUACCGGCCUGGGGGGCCGUCAGUAUACGCCCGUCUCUUCCUUCCUGACCGGCCGCACUGUCGACCCGGACGGCCAGCCCCGCCGCGCCGGUCAGAUCCGUGCUCGCAACCUGGCCGAGAUUGUCGGCAACGAGUACAUCUUCACCGAGAUCCACGCGCACUUUGUCGCCCUCCUGCAGCAGCUCGGGUCGUUGUUCGGCGGAAUCCCCGUCUCCGAGGAGCGGUUCAUCUGCAGCAUCGUCAAAGACAAUGACGGUGAACAACAACAACAACAACAACAGCCUGUGACCUCUUCCACCAACUCCUCUUCCUCUUUCAGGCGCCCAUCUCUGUCCACCGCCAAGGAAGUUGCCCAAGGCAGCAAAUCACAUGCUAGCCGUGUACGUGACGGUCCUGAUCGUGGCCUAUCCGCCGCUCUUGAGAUGGCACCACCCCCUCGGCCUAUUCCGAUCGCGCCGCGGCGGCCGGUAAUUGCAUAAACCUCGGGUGUUUCACUUUUUCUUCUUUUUCAUUAAUUUUUAAAAAAAAAAAGAAACAAAAAGUGUUUCACCUGAGUCAUUUCCUUUCCCUUGGAAAAUGUCUCACCUUAAUCAAACCUACAGAAGAAUCCAUAAGACAUUCUUCUAUCACAGUCAAUCUUUAUCUCGACCAUCACAUUCAACCCAUAGACUUUGGCGUCUUCAGAAGGCAUGGAGUUUAGUUUACUUCCUCACUUUUUCUUUCCUCUUUCUCCUCUUACCUUUUUUUUUUUCC